UGUUAAAAGUAGCUGACAGUAUAGAGUAACUAGACAUCGCUGUGAGUAAACUUAGGCCGAAAGGCUCACAAAGAAUCUUAAAGAUGUCACAGGCAAAGAUCAUACCCAAGACUAAACCAGAAAAAGUGGUCCAGUACAGAAACAAUGCUUUCACAACCAAGGCAAUGAAAAAAGGAUGUCAGACUAAUGUUGGCAGUCCUCCACUGGCAGGUGCUUUUACAGAAAGAACUAAGAAAGGUGAUACUUCAUUUGCAAAGUUCUAUAAAAGAGGAGACUUCCCAAUAGCUUUGGAACAUGACACAAAAGGCAAUAAGAUUGCAUGGAAGGUUGAGAUUGAAAAACUUGAUUACCACCAUUACCUUCCCCUGUUCUUCGAUGGAUUAUGUGAGACAGAACAUCCGUACGAAUUCUUCGCCAGGCAAGGAGUUCAUGAUAUGUUGGAGCAUGGAGGCACAAAGAUACUGCCUGUUAUUCCUCAACUUAUCAUUCCAAUCAAAAUGGCCUUGAAUACAAGAACUCACUCUGUGGUGUGUACUACAUUGAAAAUUCUACAACAUCUAGUGGUGUCUGCAGAUAUGGUCGGGGAAGCACUGGUGCCUUACUACAGACAAAUCCUGCCAAUCCUCAAUAUAUUUAAGAACCACAAUUUGAAUUCUGGGGACGGAAUCGAUUACAGUCAGCAGAAGAGAGAAAAUGUAGGAGAUCUCAUCCAAGAAACAUUGGAAACCUUUGAGAGACAUGGUGGAGAGGAUGCGUUUAUUAAUAUCAAAUACAUGGUUCCAACAUAUGAAUCGUGCAUGCUGAAUUAGCUGGUUUCAACUGUAGAGGCGUGAAAUAAAUAACUGUUAUCUUAUAAUGGACAACAUUCCAAACGUUGCAAUCUUCUAACAAAGGAUUUACUUGGCUUUAUAAGGUUAUCAUGGGUAUUAUAACAUACCAGGACCUUCCAACUUGUUUAUAAUGUUUAGGGAAAAGGCAAAACUUUCUAAGGCAACAUACUUGGUUAGUUGGAUCAUUCUUGUUCUAAACCAGACAACUAGUUAUUCGGAUAUCUGUUCGUAUACUGGAAACUGUGAUAUAGCAGCCAUUGUUUUGUUUGCCAGAGAAGUUUGUGAAAAAUCUGUUAUGGAUGUUUCCUAAACAAGCCUUAGCCAAACUCUCACGUCAGCCUGUGGUAUUAUUUGUGUUUGUUAUUGAACAGUAAUUUAUGUCCUUUUUGUUACCAAUUCAGGGUUGUACAGAAACAGAACUGCAUCAUUAAUCAGGUCAUGCCACUCUGAAUCCAGUCCUGUUUUAUUUUGUAUGUUAAAAUGCAUAUUUGCAAGGAUCUUUCUCUCAAAAGAUACAUGCAAAUCAGCAUUUUAGUACAUUUUUUGACAGUGCCCAGUAUGUGUUUGUAAAUACUUGUUGACAGUGAUCUGUCAAACUAUUUUUAUAACUAUUUAUAUAUAGUUUCAUUGAUUUGAAAGACAUCAGCACAUGUUGUACAGAAGUUCAUAUAACUUCAUCCUUUUCUGCAAAUCAACUGGAUAGUAAUGUAUUUCUCUUCUUUUUGUAAAUUCACAACUAAACGUUCAGCUCUCUGCCAUUUAUAUGUCCAGACAAGAUUACUAGAAACUUAGUUUUAGCUGUUUGAACAGCUCUAUUUGUUGUCAUAUUCAUGCGUUGACAGUAUAAUGCACAACCCAGCUCAUCAUAGGACAUGAAUGUAUGAUAAUAUGAAAUACUUCUUGGUACAAAUAAGCUUGCUGGUGAUA